GUUCCUUCCAUAGAUUUUGCACACAAUCUCGUUAUAUAACCAACACCACCCUUCACCUUGUUGGCUGUGCAGACACUACUGCACAAAGAUCAAGUUCCAAAGAGGAAAGGAAGGAGGGAGAGAGAGAGAGAGAGAGGAGUAAUCGCAUAAGAAAGAGAAGAGAUGACUGAUCUCCCUCCAGGCUAUCGGUUCUACCCAACAGAAGAAGAGCUACUUAGCUUCUAUCUGCGAAACAAGCUAGAGAACAGGAGGCAGGACAUGGAACGCGUCAUACCUGUCGUCGGAGUAUACAGCUAUGACCCAGUGCAACUCCCCCCGAUCUCAGGAGAAGCAAGCAUCCGGGAUCCUGAGCAGUGGUUCUUCUUCUGCCCAAUGCAAGAAAGAGAAGCACAAGGGGGGAGACCAACACGCACCACCCCUUCCGGCUACUGGAAGUUGACCGGAUCCCCAAGUUAUGUUCUCUCGUCACAGAACCUGAGGAUUGGUUGGAAGAAGACCAUGGUUUUCUACACAGGAAGAGCCCCCACUGGGACCAAAACCAAGUGGAAGAUGAAUGAGUAUAAAGCUCUUGAAGAAGCAGUAGCAACAACAUCAAGCACUCAUCCAAAGUUGAGGAACGAAUUUAGCGUGUGCCGGGUGUACAUCAAAUCCGGGACGCUAAGGUCGUUUGAUCGGCGGCCUUCUGCUAAUGUCGCCAUGAACAGUGAGAGCCGGCGAAGAAAUCCCGAGGCAUCCUCCUCAGCAAACCCACAGAUAGCUGAGAGGACCAGUUCUCACGGUUGCUCAUCUCCAAGGGACGAUGGCUUGCUGCCUCUGGCCGCUGAUGGAACCUUUGACUGGAACAUGCUCGAAGACAUCGAUCCGGAGCAGUUUGGACGUUGGGAGUGAAAGAGAAGCGAGAGCUGUAACCAGCAUGAACAAAAUGUCUUCAUCUGAAUUCUUCUCUUUUUUUCUUUCGGUGGACUGAAUUCUUUUGACUCGUGUUAGCGCUGACCUAAAGAUUGUAGCUAAGAUUUGAGCAGCAAAAGAACUUUCCCCAUA